CCAGCCGACCAAACGAAGACUCAGUGUCCGUUCGCCGCGGCAAAUGAUCAAAACCACCACGCUGUUUCUUUGGUUGGGUCAUUCGUCUUCUAGAUUCUUAAUCCUGUUUUGUUUACAGAAAACUGCCUCAUUGUAAAACUGCCUCAUUGUCCUUUAUGUUGACUGUCUGAAUAACUGUGAUGACUAGUAAAACCCUUGUGCCGAGGAACACCCUUCUACCCACUGGAAAACCCUUUUCAAAACCACGAGCCAAGUAUGCAAGAAGAUGACACCUUUAUCAAAAACCUCUUUUCCAAUUUUCCAUGGUGAAUAUAAGGAUAUUUUUGGGCUACCUGCUCAGACCCAUCCUGAAUCCACUGCAACUUCAUCAUGUGGAGACACCAGUUGAUGACAACAUCCAGAUGCUUCUCAACCUCGAUCAGAGCCCUUCAUUGGUGGGAUCACGUCUGCCCUGCUCCUAAGGACCCCAUCACUAGUGUCACGGAGGCUUUUCUUGCUGACACUAGCCCCGUCAAGAUCAAUCUUGGAGUGGGAGCUUAUAGGGACGAUGAGGGUAAACCUGUUAUCCUUCAGUGCCUUCGAGAUGCUGAAGCAAAGAUUGCGGGUUGUGACUUCUUGGAGUCUAUUUCAUCAGCUGUGAGUUCAAAAUUGGUCGAGGAGAGUGUCAAAUUGGUUUACGGUAAGGAUUCAGAUGUUAUAAAAGAAGGAAGGUAUGCUGGUGUUCAAGCACUCUCAGGAACUGGUGCAUGCCGCCUCUUUGCUGAGUUCCAGAAGCGUUUCCAUCCUGAAUCUCAAAUAUAUUUGCCCAAUCCUACUUGGUCCAACCACCAUAACAUAUGGAGAGAUGCUCAAGUUCAACAGAAUACCUUUAGCUACUACCAUCCUGAUUUGAAAGGUUUAAAUUUUACCGCUCUCAUGGAUGAUGUAAAGAAUGCCCCAGAUGGUUCCUUUUUCCUGCUCCACCCCUGUGCUCACAAUCCCACUGGUGUUGAUCCUACUGAGGAACAGUGGAGAGAAAUCUCACAUCAGUUCAAGGUGAAGAAUCAUUUUCCCUUCUUCGACAUGGCUUACCAAGGGUUUGCAAGCGGGGACCUUGACAGGGAUGCUUUAUCCAUUCGUAUUUUUCUUGAAGAUGGGCAUUUGUUAGGCUGUGCUCAGUCCUUUGCAAAGAACAUGGGAUUAUAUGGACACCGAGUUGGUUGUCUUAGUGUUCUUUGCAAUGAUAUGAAGCAAGCAGUUGCAAUCAAAAGCCAAUUGCAGAAGAUUGCUAGGGCAAUGUAUAGUAGCCCUCCUGUUCAUGGUACAUCACUAGUCUCUACUGUCCUGAGUGAUCCAGAUAUAAAGGCACUUUGGGUCAAGGAGGUGAAGGGCAUGGCAAAUCGCAUUCAAACAAUGCGUACUAAUCUGCAGGAAAGCCUUUGGCAAUUGGGUUCUUCUCUCAAUUGGCAACAUAUAACAAACCAGGUUGGGAUGUUUUGUUUCUCUGGCUUAACCCCCAAACAGGUUGAUUGGCUAGCAAGGGAAUUCCACAUUUAUAUGACUCAUGAUGGACGAAUGAGUAUGGCCGGUGUUACUACAGGCAAUGUAAAUUACUUAGCAAAUGCAAUAAAUGAAGUCACGAAAUAUGGAGUACAUACAGCACAGCAUCUUGGAACAAAUUUAUCAUCCAUGUCUGUUUUUGUACAUCACAGUUAAACUGUCCGGAGAAACUUGGCGCUUUCAAAGUGAUCCAAUUUAACCAGCUCUGUAAUCCAGAGAUUUAGAAAGGUUUUGGACUAAGUUUGAGCUGAUUCACAAUUUAGAAGCCUGGCUCCUGUUUCUGACUAAGAAGAAGCUUCCCUGAACGUGCGUUGAAUCUGAUUUCUGUUUCUUUAGUUUAAAUAAUCAAGAUCUGGGUGCCUCGUUGAGAAACUCAAUAAUGAAGCGAUUGGGCAGAGACGGAUCAGGAACUACACAUUCAAUAAUUAUGCAUUAAUUAAAAGGUAGGAUCUAUUAAUAUAAUAUCUGUCUAAUUAAAGUAAGCAAGAGCUCUCCUUCUUUAAGAAAUACGACAAGCUUACAACAUUGUAGAAAGGACAAGGUAGAGCAUAGAGACAUCUAGCAACGGAAAGUGGCAAAUUAUAAAAUCGUCGUAGGAAACUGUACCCAUCUUUCCUCAUUGCAUUAAAUAAUCACACUGGUUGAGAUAGAGACACAGCAAUUGCUAGCUGAUAAUUAAUUGCACUUUCAAUAAGCAACUACCAAUUGUACCACCCCUUAAUAUCUUGCUUCACCCCAAAAAGUACUAGUGUCCUACCAACAGAGGCCUUGCAUUUUUUAGAAAUAAUUAAUGGUGGACCAAUGCAACUGUAAUUUAUCUGAUAAACAUUUUGAAAUUAAAACAAACUUAUGUGAUGUUCUUA